CAUAAACUACAAAAAACUUCUUUUGUUUCACCGCUGGUCGCGUAUGAGAACAAAUAAGUUUGACGUUUCGGUGACGUUUUUAAAUCACAAGUUUUUCUUCCACGCGCUCAUAAUAAUUGGCCGUGGCUUCUUCAAUAUCACAUUAAUUUGUGUUAUUAAUUACGGAUGGAAAUUAUAAGAGUGAAUUGUUGGAUACUGGAAAAAUGUCAUCGCGACUUUUGUCCGCGCUUAGAUAUCGCGUCGUCAAUGUUGGAAAACAGUUUUUAGCAUUCAGAGGACCGGAAACGCUCAAACAACAGCAAAGGCAUUUAAACGUACACGAAUACGUGGCUUACACACUCUUGAAAGAUGCUGGAAUUCCAACACCACCGUUCGGUGUAGCAACGACUGCUGCAGAAGCUGAGAAAUUAGCUGAUGAACUUCAGUCCCGAGACAUUGUUCUGAAAGCUCAAGUCCUCGCGGGGGGACGUGGCAAAGGCCAUUUCAAAGGUACCAAUGUCAGUGGUGUCGUGCUUUGUGAAACACCUCAAGAAGCUAAGGACCAUGCGAGCAAAAUGUUCGGUAAUUUGCUCAUCACGAAGCAAACCGGUAAAGAGGGUAAAAUUUGCAAUCAGGUGAUGAUAACCAGCCGGAAAUUUCCAAGAAAGGAAUAUUACAUUGCUGUCAUGAUGGAACGGAGUUUUGGUGGUCCAGUCAUAAUUGUCUCAACCGAAGGAGGUGUUAACAUCGAAGAUACAGCAGCGAGCAAUCCUGAAGCUAUAGGAUAUUUCCCAAUCGAUAUAACGACGGGAAUAACCGGUGAACAGACUCGUCAAAUUGUUGGAAAACUUGGCUUCGACGAGACAAAUGAGCAAGCAAUUGCCCAAGUGCUCUGCAAUCUUUACCAACUUUUCAUCACUAAGGACGCUCUUCUCUUGGAAAUAAAUCCCUUCGUCGAAGACAUUUGUGGCAACUUUUACGCCCUCGACUGCAAGUGCAACUUCGAUGACAGUGCCGAGUUUCGACAGAAAGAUUUGUUCGCCCUUCGCGACUGGUCACAAAAAGAUCCCGCGGAGGUUCAGGCCGAGAAAUUCAAUUUAAAUUACAUUCGACUCGACGGUAACAUCGGCUGUAUGGUCAACGGUGCUGGCCUCGCAAUGGCCACCAUGGAUAUCAUCAAUUUGUACGGUGGUUCGCCAGCUAAUUUCCUUGAUGUUGGUGGCGGUGCUACCGCGGAAACAGUGAUGGAGGCUUUCAAGAUUUUAUCUGCUGAUCCGAAGGUGGAAGCGAUUCUGGUUAAUAUAUUCGGAGGUAUAAUGCGAUGCGAUAUAAUAGCGGAGGGAAUAAUUCAAGCAUCAAAAAGUCUGGAUCUCAAAAUUCCCGUCAUAGCACGAUUGCAGGGCACGAAGGUAGACGAGGCACGUACGCUCAUAGCGCAAUCACAGAUGAAAAUAAUUCCAAUCGAUGACAUGAGCGAGGCGGCGGAUGCGUCUGUGAAACUAGCGAAAAUGGUCAACUUGGCAAAGUCCAUGAAUCUCGAACUUAAUAUUACAUUGAAAAAAGACGCACGUCGCGCUAAAAGGCGUUCCAAGUAUGCGCCAGAAUCACUAGCAGUUCACUGCCGUCGCAGUCAAAGAAAGAUGGCUACUAUGUUGUCUCGGACGAUAUCGUUAGCGGAGAAUCUCACCCGUUUUAACGGUGCCAAGAUCCUUGGCUGCAAAAAUGGUUUGGCUAAGCAGCCCGUAAGAAACUUGAACGUCCAUGAGCACAUAAGUUACAGUUUGCUGAAUGAAGCGGGUAUACCAACACCAAAGUUUGGUGUUGCUAGAACUCCUGAUGAGGCCGCAAAGUUCGCAGCUGACCUCAACACCAAGGACAUUGUUCUCAAGGCCCAGGUCCUUGCUGGUGGUAGAGGAAAAGGUCAUUUCAAAGACAGCAGUGUCAGCGGAGUGAAGAUGUGUGAAACCCCGGAAGAAGCUAAAGCUCUGGCCAGUCAAAUGCUAGGCAAAUUGCUGAUCACUAAACAAACCGGCGAAGGCGGUAGAAUAUGCAAUGCCGUGAUGGUAGCCCAGAGAAUGUUUCCACGCAAAGAAUAUUAUCUUGCUGUUAUGAUGGAACGUGCAUUUGGAGGGCCUGUGAUAAUUGCAUCAAGUCAAGGUGGUGUUAACAUCGAAGAGGUAGCAGCGACCAAUCCAACCGCAAUAAUGUACGAGCCAAUCGACAUAAACAAAGGAAUAACAAAAGACCAGGCGGAAAGAAUCGCUGUUAAAUUGGGUUUGGCAAACGUCAAGGAUUAUAUAUCGCAAAUCAUUCUGAGUCUUUAUGCCAUGUUUCUGAAGAAAGAUGCUCUUUUGUUGGAAGUCAAUCCAUUGGCUGAGGAUAUCAAAGGAAAUUACUUUGCUCUUGAUUGCAAAUGUCGAUUCGACGACAACGCCGAAUUUCGACAGAAAGACUUGUUCAGUCUUCGAGAUUGGACGCAGGAAGACCCGAAAGAGGUUGAAGCCGCUAAAUUCGAUCUCAACUACAUCGCGCUUGACGGCAACAUCGGUUGCAUGGUAAACGGCGCUGGUCUGGCUAUGGCUACUAUGGACAUCAUAAAACUGCACGGUGGUGAACCAGCAAAUUUCCUCGAUGUUGGUGGCGGAGCUACGAAAGACGCUGUCAAAGAGGCUUUCAAAAUCAUCACUUCGGAUCCUAGGGUACACGCUCUCCUCGUAAAUAUAUUCGGUGGAAUCAUGCGAUGCGAUGUUAUCGCCGAGGGAAUUAUCGCUGCUACUAAAGAACUUGACCUCAAGAUACCUGUUGUUGUUAGACUACAGGGAACCAACGUCGAUGAGGCAAAGGCUCUUAUUGCGAACGCUGGUUUAAAAAUCGUACCAGUCGACGAUCUGGAUGAAGCAGCCCGAGUGGCUGUGAAGCUAUCGACGAUCGUAAAACUAGCUCAAUCUGCCAACCUUAGCGUGAACUUCGAGAUUCCUCCGAUCUCAUAGAUCCGAUUAGAACGAAAGUAAAUUGAAAGAAAACAAAAUUAAACAUAACAAGAGAAAACAAAACAAUAUUCCGUAUGAAUAUUAGAUAGCCGGCAAACGGAGAGCCAGAGCAGCACUCGCGCUCUAAACUCGAAAAAUCCGUAUUAUCCUCUAACGGAGAACAAAAAAAGAGUCUCGUUUGUCGAAUCGUUGGUUAAUCUUCUAUCUAAUUGAUUCAUCGUAUUUUUUUGCGCUUUUUACCCAAAAAUCUCUUAGCGCCGCUUUCGACUCAAUCUGUCUCUUCCUUUCUCUUUCUCUAUCUCCCUGUUCACAUAACUUCAUGAAAUAUUUCUCUUGGCUCGUCGAAUUACGUUCGCGAGACGAUAUGGAAAAUAUAAAUAAAUGAAAAGAAGAAAAAAAUUUCACGAAGGAAAGUGGCACAAGCGUAUAUGAAGUUUGCAAUCUCAGGCUGAUUAUAUAAUUAUAUAAAUUAUAUAUGGUUAUAUAAUUACGUAAAUAUAUAGGAUUUAGGGGAAUGUUCCUCGGCGCGUUAAACUCGCGAGAAACAAAAAAGAAACACGUUAAAAACAUACACGUCAUUGUUGGAGUAUGAAAAGUAUAUCUCAUUGCGUGCUGCUUCAGAACUAAAGAAAAUAACUCAAACGUUUCCAUAAAGUUGACAACAAAGGAUAUUUGUGCAGAUACACGAAUUUAUUUUUAUCCCGUUUAAUGAAAGUAAACAAGAAACAUGUUUGAAUGCUGGCUGUUCGACGUCGAAGCCACCGUGAUUCAGUAUUAAAGGAAAUUUAUUUAUAAAAUAUUUUAGUAUUUUUUGUCCGGUCGUUUUGAACGUCGCAAUGAAAUUUCUCUUGAUCCACUUACUCCUGAGAAUUUUCAACGACAUGUAAACAGAUAUUUCUUCGAUUGAAUCUUUUUUUUUCAAGUCUAAAAGAAAAAGGAAGCGAACGAAGAAAGGAGCAAAGAGGGAAACGAUUAACUUUAUUUUAAUGCAAUUCUACAUACAAACGAAUUUAAGUCGCAGAACAUGCCUGUCCUAUGUAUCAUAAAUACUUAUAUACAAAUGUGUAUACAUAAAUUAUUUUACAUAA